AUGGAUUUCCGUCGCAUUCUGAAGCACAAUUUUUUGAUCUUCGAUGAGGAAGCACAGGAUCAACUUCAUGGCAUCGAUGUGUACGAAAAGCUGGUCGGAGUUAUGCGCUGGCAGCUUCGGUGGGUCGGAUACGACGUCUUGGAGGUAUCAUUCAAACCAAACCUGAUGACGUGGUUCAGUUCUAUUUGCCUGAUGAUGUUUAUGUUAUUCAGUGGAUAUACUAUCGUACUCCAUGCGGGUGAUUGGUUCCAAAUUUACGAGGAGAUGUUGGAUGAACAUUACGGAGUCUGCGUUUUUGUACAAGUGCUGUCUUCAGUAGCCUGUAUUGCACUGUCGUUGUUCAACUUCUACAUGACCUACAACAUAGGUGCACUUACGUUUUUGAUUUUUUCUUUUUUUCAACUGUUGGAAUUCUGUGUCCUGGGAACUAUUUUGACGAUUAAGAACGAUCAAAUUAUGCGGGCAUUGUACGAUACCUGUUGGUAUAGACUUUCAACUGAGGAGCAGAAGAUGAUGGCCUUUAUGCUUCAUCGAUCGCAAAACGCAGUGGAGAUGACGGUCGGUGGACUGGCGCUACUCAAUAUGGAGACAUUUGUGGAGCCUGACGAUCAUUUCUUCGACGAGAAUGAAGCCGAUUCACAGUGGCUGGCGCACCCAGACCGCAAUCUGGACAGCAUCCUGAUAGUGGGCGCUGCAUAA